UUCAUUUCUACGGUGAUCCUUAAACCUUGUUAACUGCUAAUCAUCCCAUUUUGCUUCUUUAAAUUUCCCUUCAAUCACUCACUCUCACAUCUCAUCAUCAACUUUAAUUAAUUUCCUCCAAUAUAAUCCUUCUUCUCAUCUCAUCUCUUCUUUAAUUUCCAUCUCUUCUCAUUUCAUUCUUUAAUACACAACAACUAAAUCAUCAUGGUGAACAGAGACGUUGCACGAACUAUAGUUGGUAUUAUAGGAAAUAUCAUAUCAUGCUUCCUCUUCCUCUCCCCAGCUCCGACAUUCUCCAAGAUAAUCAAAUCCAAAUCCGUUCAAGCUUUUAAGGUAGAUCCAUACCUUGCGACGAUAUUAAAUUGUACGAUGUGGGUGUUCUAUGGAAUGCCAUUUGUCCAUCCUGAUAGCUUGCUAGUUGUCACAAUUAACGGUGCUGGUCUAGUUAUCGAAGCGGCCUAUAUCAUCAUCUUUUUCAUCUACUCAAAGCCUAAACAACGAAAGAAGAUUGUGAUUGCACUUAUAGUGGAAGCCAUCUUCUUUGCCGCAAUCGUCACCGUUACCUUGACGGUUCUCCACGGCACCAAGAAGAGAUCUGCACUCAUUGGAAUUGUGUGUAUCGUUUUCAAUGUUCUUAUGUAUACCUCUCCUUUGACGGUCAUGAAACGGGUUAUUACCACAAAAAGUGUGAAAUACAUGCCCUUCUACUUGUCACUUGCCAACUUUGCCAAUGGCUGUGUGUGGUUUUGUUACGCUUUCAUCAAAUUCGAUCCUUACGUUCUGAUCCCGAAUGGGCUUGGAGCACUCUCGGGAUUGGUACAACUCGUACUUUUUGCAAUGUUUUAUCGCACAACCAAUUGGGACGAGAAUGAAUCCAACAACGAGGUUGAACUCUCCUCCGGCAAAACCGGCGAAAACGUUUGAGGUUUACAUACAUAAUUCUUCCAAAUUGGCGGCGGAUGAUCGAGUGGCGGCUGCGGCUGCUCUGCUGUUUGAAUUGAAUCUCAUCUAUUUGCCCGACCAGAUUCCGAUGAACAAUAAUCGUUGAGGAUUAUCACACUGCGGAGACUGGUUUUAACAAUAAUGGGGCCCUGCAUUCUGCGACCUUAGCAUUAAUUAGUAUCAUCGAAUUGUAUUUUUGGAUAUAUAUACGAUGCAAUGAUGCUAAUAAUUUGUGUUGUAUAUAUGAAAGAUGUGGAGCAUGAUUAUUAUAUUAAAAGGGAUUUUUGGUUGAGAGUUUUA